CAGUGUUGCUGCUGUUUGUUGUUGUGGGCGGGUUGCAGGCUGUGUGUUCGCUGCGUGAACGGCCGGUAAGGUUUUGUGUGGGCCGGAAAUCCGUAAGGGGAGACUCCGUCUGUAGACGGGUGUACGGACAACGAGAGGCGGGCGGUGGAGGCCGUGCUCGGUACUGUGUGAGGAGGCAGGGCCGGUGGGCCUGGAGAAUGGAACCCUGGAGACACUGAGGAGACACGGACAGUUUGACUUUAACUUUCUCCAAAGGGAAUUGGUAUGGGUGCAAAGGAAAAGCUGGAAGCCAUGUUGAACGUGGCCCUACGAGUGCCUAGCAUUAUGCUACUAGAUGCCCUUUACCGAUGGGAUGUCGGCUCCUUCUUCCAGCAGAUCCAAAGAAGUAGCCUGAACAGCAACCCUCUCUUCCAAUACAAGUACCUGGCACUCAACAUGCAUUAUGUCGGUUACAUCCUAAGUGUUGUUCUUUUGACUUUACCUCGCCAGCAUCUCGCUAAGCUGUACCUCUACGUUGUAACUGCUUUGCUGCUUUACACAGGACAUCAGAUUUCCAGGGAUUAUGUUUGCAGUGAGCAGGAGUCUGGCUAUGAAGGUCCUAUGCAUCUAGAGCCAUUGUCUAUGAACCGGUUUCUCACUGCACUCGUAGGCCAGUUGGUCGUCUGUACUCUCUGUUCCUGUGUGAUGAAGACAAAACAGAUCUGGCUUUUCUCCGCUCACAUGGUCCCCCUGAUGGCUCGCCUCUGCCUUGUUCCUAUUGAGACCAUCGUCGUCAUUAACAAGUUUGCCAUGAUUUUCACUGGACUCGAAGUGCUGUACUUUUUGGCAUCCAACCUGCUGGUGCCUUUUAACCUUGCGAAGUCGGCAUACAGGGAGCUGGUUCAGGUGGUAGAAGUGUAUGGUCUACUGGCCCUGGGGAUGUCACUGUGGAAUCAACUUGUGGUCCCGGUCCUAUUUAUGGUUUUCUGGUUGGUCCUUUUUGCUCUUCAGAUUUACACAUACUUCAGCACACGGGACCAGCCUACCUCUCGGGAGAGGCUCCUCUUCCUCUUUCUUACAAGCAUUGCAGAGUGCUGUAGCACUCCUUAUUCUCUCCUGGGUUUGGUCUUCACUGUGUCCUUUGUGGCUCUAGGAGUGCUGACCCUCUGCAAGUUCUAUCUGCAGGGAUACCGCGCUUUCAUGAAUGACCCCGUUAUGAACAGGGGAAUGACAGAAGGGGUGACUUUGCUGAUCCUUGCUGUGCAGACAGGACUGAUUGAGUUACAAGUGGUCCAUCGAGCUUUCCUGCUCAGCAUCAUUUUGUUCAUUGUAGUAGCUUCAAUAUUGCAGUCAAUGCUGGAGAUAGCUGACCCCAUUGUCCUUGCUCUGGGUGCUUCACGAGACAAGAGUCUAUGGAAGCAUUUUCGGGCUGUCAGUCUAUGUUUGUUCCUCCUGGUUUUCCCUUCCUAUAUGGCCUACAUGAUCUGUCAGUUCUUCCACAUGGAUUUCUGGCUGCUGAUCAUAAUAUCCAGCAGCAUACUCACUUCUCUUCAGGUCCUUGGUACUCUUUUCAUCUAUGUCUUAUUUAUGAUUGAGGAGAUCCGCAAAGAGCCAGUGGAAAACAUGGAUGAAGUAAUUUACUAUGUAAAUGGCACUUAUCGUCUGCUGGAGUUCCUGGUGGCGUUGUGUGUUGUCGCGUAUGGAGUUUCUGAGACUGUGUUUGGCGAAUGGACAGUGAUGGGUUCCAUGAUUAUCUUCAUACACUCAUACUACAAUGUUUGGCUGCGGGCACAGCUUGGCUGGAAGAGCUUCCUCCUUCGCAGGGAUGCCGUGAAUAAGAUCAAAUCCUUACCUGUUGCCACAAAAGAACAACUGGAGCAACAUAACGACAUCUGUUCCAUCUGCUACCAGGACAUGAAUUCGGCAGUCAUUACUCCUUGCAGCCAUUUUUUCCACGCUGGAUGCCUUAAAAAAUGGUUGUACGUACAAGAGUCCUGUCCAUUAUGUCACUGUCAGUUAAAGUCCCUGUCUCAGCAGGCGGUAGGGGAUCCUGGCACAUCUAUCAGUCCUACUUCUAAUGCCAACAACGUUAACCCACAACCAGAUGGACUACCGGGGGCACAAGAAGUAGCAAUUCCCCCAGUAAAUGAACCAAAGCAGGACACCGGGGAGCCAGAGCUUGCAAAAGACAUACAAUCAGUGGGCUCUCCAGGGACCAAAUCGGAACACACAGGGGAUCCUCUGUGCACAAAUUCUGAAGGACUAGAUAUCAGCGAGUUCCUUGAGGGCGUGGCAAGCCAAAUGCAGGCUGAGGACUUACAAGAGGAGCAAUGCCCCCUUAAAGGAAUCUGACCCUCCUUUUUUGCCUGUUUGAACAUUUUCAUUAUGAAGCCAAACCCCAUCCUUACCACAUGCAGCAUUCUGCAACUCCUAAACAGAGAACUUUAGCACUGACACUGAUUAAAGUGUAUGCAAGAUUUUUCCCCCCUUCUUUUUUUUUUUUCUUUUCUUUUUUUUAUGUUCCAGUGCCGAAGUUAAAGCAUAACAAAACCAUUCUUUUUAGCUACUGCCGAUGGAUACAGAUUACUGCUUAAUUUGCUGGGUGCUCUUUUUUUUUUUCUUACAUUUUUGUUUCUUUUCUCAGUGGGUAAUGUUUUGCUAAGGGUUUCCAAAUUUAUUUUUUCAGCCUCCUGGGAUUUUAUAUCAUAUCCGUUUACAUAGACCAGCCAUGGACAAAAUAUUGUAGAAGUCAAGAACCAGUCAUUGAAUCUAAGGGCCAGCUGAUAACAAUAGAAAAGUCUAAGAAGGCCCUGUUACAUGGAAUUUGUUUAGCCCUAGCAUAAACAUAUUUUCCAGGAUUGAUUCAAGCAUGGGGAGUUAUGUUUAUCCCAGCUGUGUGAUUAUUUGGAGACGAUGCUGCACGCUUGCAUGCUCACUUGCUUGCACUUGAAGUAAACACAGUGUGGGAAUGAAAGGGGGCGGGGCAUCAGUAACCUCCAAAUUCCGUGGAUCCUACUUUUUUUUUUUCUUCUUUUCUUUUUCUUUUUCUUUCUGUUUCUUGCUGUGUUAUUGUGUCGAUGUUCUGAUCAGCCCUUAUAUGAAGUAUAUUUGAAGUUCAGGUGAUCACUACUUGUCGUGGGAUGAACUUCAUUGCACAGAAGGGGCUGAAGAACCUCAUUACUGCACUCUCAAAUAUAAAAAAAAAA